CCGAGGUCGGCGUGGGGCGAGAAGCGAAGUCGCAGUCGCGGCCGCUACCACGGCCACACGAACUCCAGCGACGGCGGCCACCUGGGCCUGCAGCGGGAGCAGUGGUGUUGGUGUGGGGCGGUCGGAGCCAUGGAAGACCCUGGGGCGGAGAAAACAGAAUCUGUCCCUCCAGCUGGACGUGAGACAUCUGAGUCAACUGCGGAUGAGAACGAAGAUGACAUUCAGUUUGUUAGUGAAGGACCACUGAGACCUGUUCUGGAAUAUAUUGAUCUGGUCAGCAGUGAUGAUGAAGAGCCCAGUACAUCUCAUAGCGAUAGAAUGCCUGAAUCUAAGUUGUCAUCCUCUGAGAAUCACCGCCCAGAACUGUGCUCUAGCGGCAGUGCUCCUCUUCCCAGUGGAGACAGCAGCUCCUCCUCUGGGGCUUGUGCCAACAGUCCACAAAGAAUAGUUUCUCAACCUUCCUCUGUUGAGAACCCAUUGGUGAGCCAGAAAAAUGAUCAAAACCAUUCAGAUGUUAAAAUCUCUGAGACAGAGACACUUAAAUCACAAACCUAUCCAACUCUGACUCCAGCUUCACUUGUGGUCCCCCAAGAGUGUUUGGCUGUUUCUGAGGUCAAAGAUGAUUUACCUAUUGAGCUGUCUUCAUCUUCACAGCAUGGACAAGAUGCCAUCCUCUACCUCCAGACACAAGUGGCUGAGAUGUCCCGAGUGAUACGUGAUCUGCAGUCCAAGAGCUGCUUUAGAUUCCAUCAUUCUAGGUUGAGUGAGAAGUCUUCAGUUUCUUGGGAUAUGUCCACAUCCAAAGAAGGCAGCUUAUCCACAGUUGAUGAAGAGGCUGUUUGCAGAUCCUCAUCAGCUGAUGACAAAGUACAAACAGCUGACCUCACCCAGUCUAGUUUCACAGGACUUUUGAAGAGAAUGGAACAAAGAGGUGUUAUAAAGAGUGUGACAUUACAGUCUGAAACUGAAGCAUGUGAGGGAAAACCUGAUUAUGUGACCUCUAAAAAGCGCUUGGUUCCUCCAUUACAUCCUCUUUUGAGAAUUGCCACCGCUGAAGUUUUUAAAGACCCAGCGGAUUGUCAUCCCUCUUCCUUCAUGGGACAUAGGGUAUAUCCUGUGGCCAAGGACACCUCUCCUUUCCAGCCAAACCCACCAGCUGAGGGACCCAUCGUAGAAGCACUAGAACACAGCAAAAGAGGAAAAACACUGUCUCCUUUAGAUUCUACCUCAAAAGAAAUGGAGGUCAUGGGUUGCAGGUUCUACCAUGCUGCCUCCAUUGCAGCCCGAGCUGCUAGCUACAUGGCCUAUAUGACUCAGUAUCAGCGUAAACUCUGGGAAGACAUGGAGGAUCUGGUGCAUGACCCUGAGUUCGAUCGUGGGAAAGCAAGGUGUGUGAUAUCCGAUGGCAUGGAUGCAGGACUUUGGCAACUUUGUACGACUAGAGACAUAAUGGACUCUGUAGUUAGAGUUAUGGCCAUGGCAGUAGACUAUAGAAGACAGGCCUGGCUCCGACUUACAUCACUCACUAAGAGAGCCCAGGAGAAGAUCUUACACUUGCCCUUUGAUGGUACUUCUCUUUUUGGACAAGAUGUGAAUGCUGUCGUUGCAGAAGAAAACAGUGUUAAGGAAAAUGAAUAUAAGGACUAUAAUAAAUAUUAUAACCAGCAUCGAUACUUUUAUAGUCAUGACCAGAAAACACAUUAUCACAAUAGAGGGUACUCCAAAGGGGAUUGGUACAAAUCCCGAAACCACCCCUAUAGAUACAGGAAAAGGGGAGACUCUCCUGAAUGCUAUGGGUACAAAAAUUAACCUGUUGGUGUUUUGAGGAAUAACCAUCCAAGAUCCUAUUUCACUUGUUCUGCCCCACUCAGAUAGGAUCUAGAGGUAGGAUGUUACCUCAAAAAUUGAAUGUAUAUCUGGGAUGAUCAUAGCAAAUGUUGGAAUUUUAGACUUUUAGAUUGAAAUAUGUUUAAGAAGAUGUCAGCUUUAUUGGCUGAGUGGGAGCAUUAGUGUAAGAAGUGUUGGACAGAGGUUCUUCCAUUAUUUCUGGUCCAAAAUAAGUACAGAGGAGGACACAGGAAUCCAAAUCCUCUUGUGAUUAAAGGAAAAGUAAGUUUGUUCCUCAGGAAAAUCUUAUUGGUAAACUGAGGACUACAGAUUUUGGAUUUGGGAAUAAUUGACUGUUUUGUCUGUUUAUUAAGAGCAGAGGUAAACCUUUCGUCAUCAGUUCUUCCUUCAGGCUUCAUCUUGAUAGAUCUUCAAAAAAAAUGAUGGAUCUGGUGCAGUCUCUUUGUCACGAUGGUCAACUCAAUGUGAGUUCAUAUGAUUACCAAGCUUUGCAAGACACCAGACUCAGCCAUGAAGCUAUAUGUCAGCACAAAUUCAUGAAAAAUUUUGCCAAGUUCAUUUGGCUUCAAAAUGGGAUAGAUGUAAGAGGUCUGCUAUGGGAACCAACAUAGAAAAAGACUUUUUCAUCACUAUAGAAAAUGUCACAGUAACUUCUCUUCAUCAAAACUAUGAUGGUCACCAUGCUGUCACCAUCCAUAAAGCUACAUGUGAGAUAGUUCUUUGUUGUCAUCACUCCUUAUCAAGCCCUCAUAUCAACUGCCUGUGAGACUCAGUCUUAGAAGUCUCUAACUAUAAUGUGAGCCUUUCACUAAGAUGGUCUUCUUAAAUUAGUGUUUUAAUCAGUUGAUUCUUUUGAGCUUGAAAGCUCCAUACAGUACAUGUAUCAGUGUCCUGGAAAUACAGAAUAUUAUUUAUGUCAUCCAGGCAUGCAAAUCAGAAUUGGUUAAGAGCAAGAAUUACAAACAAGCCUGACAAUCAGAUCCUGUAUUGAAAUAAAAAGGAAUGCAAUGAGUAGAUUUUGUUGAGAACUCAAGUUGGAAAGCAUAACUGGAAGUUGUGAAUACAAGAAGAUACAACUCUGUUUCUGCAUAUCCCAAGAACAACACCUACUAAUGAUUUCUUGAAAGGCUAACAUGAGAGUUUCAGUGACAUGUUCUUGGUUAAUUAAUUGGUCACUUAAUGCAGUGACUCACUGUAAGACAUGACAGUUAAUCUCAAGGCAAUGGCACUAUGAUAUAUCAGCCCCUUAGGUCCUUGUCUUCACAGCAUGAGUUAUAGGAAUAGAGAAAAAUGUCAAGUGUAACUUGGCGGCCAAAACAUAAGUUUUGACAGAUGUAAUUCUGUAACUUCUAAGUUGGCCUCUUGAUUGUAGUUUUUAAUCUGCUUGAUGAAAGUGUUUCGCAUAUUAGUGGACUUUAUCACUGUUUCAGUGCUUAUGUGGUUUCUGUCUCUUAGCAUAGUUCUUGCACAGUGGUGGUUGGCAUUCUAAAAUGUUCAUCUUUUAGUAGUUUAUGGGAAACUCACAUAUUCCUACUUUCCUUCAAACCAUAUUUAGCACCUUUUCGUCUACUUAUUUCCCACUUCCUGUUUGUGCCAUAGAGAUCAAAGGCACAAAUUUACCUACUUGUAAAAAGUAAUUUUACCAGAUAAUUUUAGGGCACUGUAUUAGUCCUGUUUGUUCUGAUCUAGUCUAUUGAGAUCAUUUAGCAACUUUAGCCAAGUUGUAUCUAAAGUUAAUAUUAAUUUACCUUAUUUUUAUUUGUUUUCUACAAAGUUUACCUCUGCUUCUUAAGUUUAUGCCAGUAUUCUACAGAACCUUUCAAACUGAACUCUAAAACCUAUGUAACAACAACAACAAAAGUUUAAGAACUUACACAGAGAUUUUUGGAGUUUACAUCAUGUUUACUGCACCAGUCUUGUCUCCUUGACAGUAGUGCUCUAGUUUUCUUCUGAGAAAGGAGCUACCUGAUUUCACUGGAAAAGGUUUUAACUUGUGGCUAAGUGUAUAACACAAACAAAACAUACACUUAGCCUUAACCAUUUUCACGUUAUUGUGCAGAUCUUAAGUAUUUGAGACGGCACUACUCUGUUCCUUAUGAUGUUUAUGUUGCUUGGUAAUGAAGACAGAAUAACAUUGCUGGGGCUGGAGAGAUGGUUCAGUUGGUCAAAUGGCCUGGAGUUUGGAUCCCCAUCACAUACAAAAAGUUGAGUGCAGUGGUACUGGGAGGCAGACGGGAGGAACCCUAGGGCUUGCUGGUCAUCUAAUCUAGCUAAAUUGGUGAAUUUAAGGUUAAGUAAGAGACCCUGUCUCAAAAAGAGGUUAAGAGUAAUUGAUGACAUCCUUUGAACUUUUCACCUUCCUGUGCAUGACACACAUUUACACACGUGCACACACACAAGUAGUAUGUUAAGUGUGUUUCUUAACCCCUUAUAUUUGAUAAGCUCAAGCAACUUCAGGGAAUUCUGCUUUUCUGAAGGUGAAAAGGUAUCCAGAACUAGAUUUGUGGCAAGUUAAUGAAAGUUUUUGGCAGUUGAGUGGGUUGGGGACAGUGCAAUAGGGUGGGAACACCUUUUAGCUAUAGUUUCUUGACUCAGAGCAUUAUCCCCAUAUUUUUUAUGCUUAUCUUAAAAAAAAACCUGUCCUAUUUGAACAGUGGUAUUAGAAAACUAAAAGUUAAUACUUGGUCUAAUGACACAGUCCCUGUAGUACCUAGAUUUAUAAUUAGUCAAGUAGUAAAUAUUUAUACUGUGCCUACCAUGUAUAUAUUCUAGUCUGCAGCUAGUUCCUUGUUUGGCUUGUCUCUGACUUAAAUUAUGUCUAAAGUUCUUAAGAAGCCUCAAAUAGUUUCAAGUUUAAUUUUGGUAUUCUCCAAAGGGUGUGUUUAGUGGCCCUUGUUCUAGAAAGUGUUACUUCUUGAGUAGACACAACAUGUAUAUGGAAACAGUGUUAUUUCUUGUAGUUACUAUUUAUAGAGAAAUGCUAUUUCCAUGAGUUGUUAUAUGAAGUGCCUUUUUAAAUUUUAAACUUGGAUGUAUUUAUGUGAAUUACUCUUAGUUAUUUUCUUCAUUAUGUGAACAAUUGCACUAUAUAUUAUAUACACACAUACAUUGCUUCUGAAUUUCCUUCCUAUUAACUUGACAGAAAUUUUAGUGAUUAGUCCAUUAAAGGAACUUUCCCCCCUUUCUGCAUGUUCUAGUUUUUCUUGUUAAGUCAUUUGUCUCACAUCUAAUCUUGUUCAUAGCCAGUGACACUUACAUUUGAUAAGUAGAUGGGCUUACUGGGGUAGAAGAAGCAAGGACAUUAAAAACAGUAAAUUUAAAUUGGUUGUGGUGUUGCACACUUUUAAUCCCAGCACUUGGGAGGCAGAGGUAGGAGGAUUGCCAUGAGUUUGAGGUCACCUUGAUACUACAUAGUAAAUUCCAGGUCAGCAUUUGCUGAUACUAUGUAUAUGUGUGUAUGUGUAUGUAUAUAUGUGUGUGUGUAUAUAUGUUUGUAUGUAUUAUAUAUAUGAAGCUAUGUGACAGCUUCCUUAUCAAUGUAAUUACAUUAAAUUUUUUUUAAAAAAGCUUGUACCUUUUUCAGCAUAUUUCUAUUUAUUUACCUAGCGUUCAAAAUGUCUUUUUGAGGACAUAACCUCUUUCAGGCUACUCAGAUACUACAUAGUACUACUACACUGAAUGAUACCUCAGUGAUCUGAUUGACACUGUCCUGACACAUCCACUAUUACUUCUCAGGUAUCAUAAGCAAGGAGGUUCAAAAAGACAAACUCCAGAAUUCCCUGUAGCUCUAAAAUUGGAUACUGAUAAAAGGUGGACAUAGAGUUAAAUGACACAUUACUAUUCUUGAAGGUAUAAUUAAUUGGGGUUCUGAUGAGGGUUUGAAAUUAGAGAUUAUAUCUUUUUAGAAGUGAUGUGAAGAUUGAAGUAACUGAAACCUUUUUUUAAUAUAAACAUACUCUGUCCAGUCUUGCUGUUGAGGUUCCUUUAUUUUCAGAUUUGCCAUUAUGUGCUUAAUGUUUGUGACUAGACCAGUGUGUCUUACGCAUGUCAUCCUAUAUUGUUUUAGUGGGUGUACAAACCAAUCAGUUAUUUUUUUUUCAUUUAAAAUAAAGAGGAUGUUAACAGUAUAUGGAUGAUCAUUACUGUACUGAAUGCAAAUCUUUUGGUUAUUUUUUCCCAAUAUAAGUUUUGUAAACCAUUAAAUGUAUGGAAUUUCUCCCCUACUGGAUGAUUAACAAGAACUGUUUUAUUAAAUCUUUUUCUCUUA